UGGCAACUCGGAUAAACAACAUCUAGACUCAUCGAGUGAUUCCGAAAUGGAAGGUGCUCUCAUGCAACAUCACAGUAGCACAACAUCCGCCAAUAAUAACAAUACAACGAAUAGCAAUAAUCAUCAUCAUACAACGUCACAUCAUCACCAUCAUCAGCAGCAGCAACAACAGACGCUCUCGCAACAACAACAUGCAGCACAACAAUCACCCAAUCAAACGCUCAGCAAUCAUCAUACACAUCAUCACCAGCAGCAGCAGCAACAACAAAGUCAUAAUAUAUCCUCACACACCACUGUCGAUCAUACUUUAAGUGCUCAACUGGUGGGUGGACCAGCUUUAUCAGCUGCUGCUGCAGCCGCCGCUGCCAUAGGUUCUGCUAAGGGUGCCGGUAAUGCAUCCGGCGCACAAAUGGCACCUUUACCCGCUGCCGUAGCCUAUUCACAUUUACAUAAUGUAAUGAGUUCUAUGCCCAUUUAUGAUAUGAGUGAAUAUCAACAUUUAUGAUUUUAGUUAGAUGCCAUUUGUACGGGCAGUAGUACUAGUAGUGAAUGGUUGGCAACAUCGGCUGUUAGUGGCACAACUGCAGCAGCAGCAGCAACAACUACAGCAACAGCUUCUUCCCUGUCAGCUGCAGCAGCUGGUCAAUUAACGAGACAGCAACAACAGCAUCAUUAUUAUUUUUAAUAAGAUACAAUUUAGUUGAGAAUUAUGGAAACAUUUUAGGAAUUGAAGGGAUUUUUUAACGAGAUGGAGUUUAGAGAGACAAAAGUUUUGGUUUAAGAAGGAUGAUUUGAGUUAAGUCUGGUUUUGGAACUUGGGGACUUUCGACUCUAGAGAUGAGAAGGGUAGCAAUCAGCAGCAGACGAGUCUAGAGUAUGGACUACAGUCUAAAUACUGGAGUAUAGACUAUUCUAUAGUCUGGACUAUAGUCUAGUUUACAGUUUGGACUAAAGUCUAAUCUAUAGUUUGGACCGACUAUAGUCAGGACUAUAGUGUAAUCUAUAGUCUUAGUUAAA